GCUGCGCGUUCCCGAUUCCUGUCCUCGCUCCCAAAAGCGCCUCCAGUUGCUGCGCUGGCAUCUGGCGCGCGACGCUUCCAACAAUCUCGGAGCUGUCACGUGAUCAACGAAAGAGCUUUUCUUUGAAAAUGUGUAUUUAGAAAAGUCCUGCGCUUAUGACUGCUCUACAGUCCUCCGAAAAUGGCUGAUAUGAAGAAAGUUUAUGCAUUUAGUAACAUAGCGCCUUUCAGCGAGCUGGAAAAGUUUGUCUGAAAUAUGCACGCAACAGUGGAUUGCAGCAGCUUUAAUAGUGGAAGCAGAUGUUUGGAUCUUGUUGCAGUGCUGUCUUGUCAUUGCUGUGUUGGUACACCUUCAUCUGGAAGUAUGCGGUCCAGGCGGUUUAUGGAGCAUAACUUUGGUCAAGUAAUAUCCUGUGUCUUCUGUUGUUUCGUGACAUCCAGGAUGACUGUGAAUCUACUAUGGCUGUGAGAAAAUCCAAAUACUUUAGGAGGAAUAUGAGACUUCAACAGAAUUUCAUAGGAAGAUAACACUGAAACGUGUCACACCAUGAGAAGGGUCUAUAUAAAGGGAGAUGUGUUUUGCUCCCUGAUUCUGCUGGUGCUUCUCUUUCUGCUGUUAUAUGCACAUCAAAGAAUAACGCCUGUAUGGGGGACUUUGCACAUUGCAGGGGCCACCAGCUCAAGACCCCUCCUCAGUGGAGCAUCAGUGGGACAGCAAACAAAGCCGAUCCCUUCAAAAUCUCCAGACAUACCUCUUUGCAAACCUGAGGUUCAGAUCAAGCCUAAAGCACAAGGACUAUCAAAGGUCAAAUCUCAAAAAGCACGUAGCAAAGCAAAGUCUAAAUUUCGCCAGCCCUCAACGACAGCAAGUCUGCAACCAACACAUGCUUCCUUUGACUUUGACGAUUACCUUCGAAAGAAAGACCAACGGGACUUCAAGCUGCUAAUCGAUCAACCAACAAAAUGUUCUGGGCCAGAAGGAGCCCCUUACAUGCUGAUCGCCAUAAAAUCAGUAGCAACGGAUUUUGACAAACGUCAGGUCGUUCGACGCACAUGGGGACGAGAAGGUGUGUCCCAGAAAAGCGUGAACGUCAAGAGAGUUUUUCUUCUUGGUGUGCCCCAAAAUCAAACAGCGCUCCCCUUAUGGGACAAACUGUUGGGAUAUGAGAGUCACACUUUUCGCGAUAUCCUCCUGUGGGACUUUGAAGACACCUUCUUCAACUUGACACUAAAAGAAAUCCACUUCCUACAAUGGAUCAAUGUGAGCUGUCCCAAAGUGAAGUUUAUUUUUAAGGGUGAUGCAGAUGUGUAUGUGAACAUUGACAAUAUCCUGGAGAUGCUUGAGGGUCAAGAGAUCAGUAAGGAUCUUUUUGUUGGCGACAUCAUUGUCAAUGCGAAACCAAUUCGCAGACGCAACAGUAAGUACUUUGUCCCAGAGUAUAUUUACGGCCAGGGGAUCUACCCGUCUUAUGCGGGUGGAGGAGGCUUUGUCAUGUCAGGACACACCGCAUUGAAGCUCCACCUCGCCUGUCAAGAGGUGGAACUUUUCCCCAUUGAUGAUGUCUUCCUAGGCAUGUGUCUACUGAGGAUCGGCCUUCAGCCGACUCGUCACGAGGGCUUCCGCACCUUCGGAAUUGUAAGACCGUCUGCUGCACCCCACCUCCAGGUCUUCGACCCCUGUUUCUACAGAGAGCUGAUGGUGGUGCACAGCUUGACGGUCCCACAGAUCUGGCUCAUGUGGAACCUUCUUCAUGACCCUAACCUUCAGUGUCACAGCAGUCAGGAUCCCACGGUUUUUCCCUUUCUGUGGAGCGACAAGAUUGGGAAGAAAGCUAAGAACAAGGCAAAGGAGAAGCUUAGGAACAACGACUAUGGGAUGAAAGUGUUUGUGGAACAUUAACUCCAAGAUUAUGAAUGCACUGUGACUACAAUUUAACAAAUACAAUGAGGGAAUGAAUUAGUACAACUUGGCCAUGAUUUAUUUAAAAUGAAGGAGCAAGUUGUUGGAACUAUUUCUUAAUUCAUGGCCACAAUAUAUUGUUUUUUCCCCACAUAUCAUGUGUGGACUUCCUUAGAUGAUUGUUUAAGGAUGUUGGACUGCUCUUUUCUAUACCAUUAUAUCUAAUGGUCCUUAAUUGUCAUACUCUAAAAAGUGAUUUGUGCAACUCUUACGCUAUAUUCCAUGUUAUUUGAAGCAAUAUAGUAGCUUUGUGUGAGAUAUUUAAGUCUUUAUUCACUGAAAAUCUCUUUCAAGCCAGGACUUGGCUUCAAACCUGGGAGUGAUCUGUGUUGACACACGCAAUAUCUGAAUGUAUACGAACAUUUCAGGUUUGGAACAACAUGAAGAUGAGUAAAUGAUUAUUUUAGGGUGAACUAUCUAAAAGACUGUUGGCAAAAUGAAAAAAAAAAAAAACUUGCAAAGGUUCUGUAGAUAGUUCUUUAAAAAUGUACUUCGUAAACAAAUAGUUUCACUGCUGCAUCAUUCACUCAAACUAUUUCUCUAUUACUGUAGACCGGGGGUCACCGCACUCGGUCCUGGAGGGCCGGUGUCUUGCAGAGUUUAAUUUCAACUUGCCUCAACAAACCUGCCUUGAAGUUUCAAGUAUACCAAGCAAGACCUUGAUUAGCUGGUUCAGGUGUGUUUGAUUAGGGUUGGAGCUAAACUCUGCAGGACACCAGCCCUCCAGGAACAAGUUUGGUGAUCCCUGCUGUAGACUUAAGCAAAAUGAUAAAGAUGUUGUUGUAUAGGAAUCCCAAGGGAGUCGGACACAUUUUGUAUGCACAAAAUGGACACUAAUGUUGUGUUGAUACUGAUAUUCUCAUGCAAAAAAGUACUGGGUUAUGUAUCAUAGAACAGACUAUUACUGUAUAUAUUCUUUAGAAAAAUGGCACUAUUUAUCAAACUGAACAAUUUUUCUUUGAUUAGUGUGCUGUAUUGUUUUGGAUGAUCUGCUGUCUUUUGGAUUAGAUUAAAGUGAAUUGAAUGAUUGAAUUUGGCAAGUAGCCUGCUGUGAACAUGAACAUACUACUACACUUUGAGCU